AUGACCCCUAAAUUUGCUUACAAGCCUUUGGUGGAUUUAGAAACAGGUCUAUCCGAAUUCUCGGUACUCCAACGUAGAGUCAAGCAUGGCUGGAAUGAAUUUGUGGUAGACAACACAGAACCGAUCUGGAAGAAAUAUCUGGACCAGUUCAAGAACCCCCUCAUCCUUCUGCUGUUGGCCUCUGCUUUGGUCAGUGUUAUCACUAAAGAAUAUGAAGAUGCCGUCAGCAUCACCAUGGCUGUGAUCAUUGUGGUAACUGUGGCUUUCAUUCAGGAACAUCGUUCUGAAAAAUCUUUGCAAGAGCUUAACAAGUUGGUCCCGCCAGAGUGCAGCUGUGUGAGGGAAGGAAAGCUGCACCAUCUUCUGGCCCGAGAACUUGUACCUGGGGACGUUGUAUGUCUUUCCAUGGGAGAUCGGGUGCCGGCAGAUAUACGACUCACAGAGGUUAUAGACCUUCUGGUGGAUGAGUCCAGCUUUACAGGGGAGGCCGAACCUUGCAGUAAGAACGACUGCAUUCUGACAGAAGCCGGAGACCUGAUGACCCUCAGCAACGUUGCUUUCAUGGGGACCCUCGUGAGGUACGGCAAAGCCAAGGGCGUCGUCAUUGGGACAGGUGAAAACUCCCAGUUUGGAGAGGUCUUCAAAAUGAUGCAAGAGGAAGAGACCCCAAAGACUCCUCUGCAGAAGAAUAUGGAUAAGCUGGGAAAGCAGCUGACGCUCGUUUCCUUUGGCAUCAUUGGUUUACUCAUGCUGAUCGGCUGGCUGCAAGGGAAGCAUCUCUUGAGCAUGUUCACAAUUGGUGUGAGCUUGGCGGUAGCUGCCAUCCCGGAGGGCCUGCCCAUUGUGGUCACUGUGACGCUAGUAUUGGGUGUCUUGAGAAUGGCCAAGAAACGUGUCAUUGUGAAGAAGCUGCCGAUUGUCGAAGCUCUCGGUUGCUGCACCAUCAUCUGCUCCGAUAAGACGGGGACUUUGACGGCCAACGAGAUGACAGUAACUCAGCUUGUCACUUCGGAUGGCUUCAAGGCUGAGGUGAGUGGGGUCGGAUACAACGGAGAGGGAAAUGUAUACCUUCUGCCAUCCAAAGAAAUCAUCAAAGAAUUUUCAAAUAUUUCUGUGGGAAAACUAGUGGAGGCUGGCUGUGUUGCCAACAAUGCCAUUAUCCGAAAGACCACUGUGAUGGGACAGCCAACCGAAGGAUCUCUGGUAGCCCUUGCAAUGAAGAUGGGACUGAGCGAUAGCAAAGAUAAUUACGUGAAAAAGAAAGAGAUUCCGUUUAGCUCGGAGCAGAAGUGGAUGGCUGUCAAGUGCGCCCUGAAAAAUCAGGAGGAGGAAGAGAAAGAGGAGGAAGUAUAUUUCAUGAAGGGGGCCUUUGAAGAAGUCAUGCAGCAUUGCGCCCUGUUCAACAGCGGUGGCAUCUCACUCCCACUGACGCCGCAGCAGAAGGCAGUCUACGUUCAAGAGGAGAAGCACAUGGGGUCCCUCGGCCUGCGGGUACUCGCCUUGGCUUCUGGUCCAGAGCUCGGCAGACUGACCUUUUUGGGUCUAGUAGGAAUUAUCGAUCCUCCAAGGGACGGAGUGAAGGAAGCUGUUCAGAUCCUCAUCGAGUCUGGCGUCUCCGUGAAAAUGAUAACGGGAGAUGCUUUGGAGACAGCCUGGGCCAUUGCCCAGAAGAUCGGUCUCUGCAACGGAAAGAUGAAAGCCAUGUCUGGGGAGGAACUGGAAACCAUCACAGAGUCGGCACUAUCGUCCACAGUCAAAAACAUUUCCAUCUUCUUCCGAACGAGCCCAAAACACAAGCUUAAAAUCAUAAAGGCUUUGCAAAAGGCAGGUGCCAUCGUUGGGAUGACGGGAGACGGGGUGAAUGACGCCGUGGCUCUGAAAUCUGCCGAUAUUGGGGUUGCUAUGGGAAGAGCCGGGACAGACGUCAGCAAAGAAGCCGCCGACAUGAUCCUUGUGGACGACGACUUCUCCACAAUCAGGAAUGCAAUCGAGGAAGGGAAAGGAAUAUUUUACAACAUCAAAAAUUUUGUCCGUUUCCAGCUCAGCACGAGCAUUUCAGCGCUGAGCUUAAUUGCUCUGUCAACAGUCUUCAAUUUGCCCAACCCGCUCAAUGCUAUGCAGAUCUUAUGGAUCAAUAUUAUCAUGGAUGGGCCUCCAGCUCAGAGUUUGGGCGUCGAGCCAGUUGACAAAGACGCCAUCAAACAUCCUCCCAGGAACGUCACGGAUACGAUUCUCAGCAAGUCCCUGAUUCUAAAGAUCUUGUUGUCAGCCGCCGUCAUCAUCAGUGGGACCCUCUUUGUGUUUUGGAAGGAGAUCCCCAAGAGCGGCAUAACACCAAGAACUACGACGAUGACUUUCACCUGCUUCGUGUUUUUUGACCUCUUCAACGCCCUGACGUGUCGUUCGCAGACGAAACUGAUCAUGGAGAUCGGUGUUUUCCGCAACCGCAUGUUCUUGUAUUCUGUGCUGGGAUCUAUUUUGGGCCAGAUGGCUGUCAUUUACGUACCCCCUUUGCAGAAGAUCUUCCAGACGGAGAAUUUAGGGGCACUGGACCUGUUGUUCCUCACCGGCUUGGCCUCCAACGUUUUCAUCCUCUCGGAACUCAUCAAAGUGUGUGAGAAGUUUUGCUGCCGAAGAAAGGCAGACAAGGGCCCACAAGAAGCGGCCGUGUGA